CCUAAUGCUAUUGAGAAAAAAGAAAACAAACCAGACUAAUUAAUUUCUUCGUGCUGUCCAAGUAGCCUACGUUUCUGAGUUCUAAAUGAAUCCAAAUAUGAACAUGAUGCCCAUGUCGGGCCCCCAGAUGAUGCAGGUGAUGCAGUCCUCGCCGUCGGGGCCUCCAGUGCCCGUGCAGCACCAGCAGCAACAACAACCGCAACCGCUGCAGCAGCAACAGCAGGCCGAAAAACUGGACAACAUUUCCAGGGUGAAAAGUUUGCUCGGUCCGCUGCGGGAAUCAAUGUUCCUGACCAUCCGGUCGAGCGCCUUCACGCUGCAGCAGAACAAUCUGGCGGACAACCUGAAGAGGGACACGGGAGCCCACCAUGUCCCGCGAUUCGACAAGCACCUGGAAGACUUCUACGCCUGCUGCGACCAAAUCGAGAUCCACCUGAAGACGGCGGUGCAGUGCCUCCAGCAGCAGAACUCCUCGAAUCACUAUCUCCCCGGUCCUGUGACGCCCAUGCGCAUGGAGACCUUUAUGCCCGAAAACGCCGGCCCCAUUUCGUAUCCCACCUACCUGAACACCGUCCGGGUUCACGUUCAAUCGGCCAAGGAUAUCCACGACACCCUGAUCAGCGCCGCGCAAAACAUCUCGCAGGCUGAUUGAUAGUUGUAGUGGCAGUAUUGUUUGCCAAGCUAGGCUUAAGUUAUGUAAUUAAACGCACUGAGAUAUGA